AGUGCAUCUGUCAUUGUCACUUCAGUUCAAUAUUUUUGAAGAGAGUUAUUAGACCAAGAGUUGUAAGAUUUGGGAAAUUACGAAAUUAUGGCUUUAAUUCGGCGUUGUGCGCCUUUAUUUAUAAAAUCUUUGAAAUAUGUGCCUUCAGCUACGCAAGCCCAAAAAAUCCACAGAUAUGUAGCUCCAACAUUGAUUGAGUUGAAAUUGAGAGAGAAAAAGCUCGGAGGUAAAAAAGAAAAUCCAAGAAACACAUUUUUGGAAUGGAACUUAGAGGCAGAGUUGUUUGCUUUCGGAAAGCGUUUAAACGAAGAAUUCGACUCUGAUCUUUUGCUGGAGGCCUUUACGGAUCGCUCAUAUGUUAUCAAGGAGGAAAUGAAACAGAAGGAACUCGAUUUCGAUUUAAAAAUGAAGGAUAACAGACAAUUGGCAGAGGAAGGUGAAAAGUUCAUAAGUGAAUACAUUCAAUUGUACCUAGAAGCUGUGUUGCCCAAAUUUCCAAUGGAGGGGGUCACACAGAUCCGGAGACAUCUCACCAGUGAAGACACAUUGGCACAUGUGAGCUUACAUCUAGGCACAAAGGACAUUAUUCUUGCUGCGGAAUAUCCAUUAGACAAUUACAUACUCUCGAAUGCAUUCAAGGCAAUAGUGGGUGCAUUGUUAAAGUCAUCAGGUGAAGAGAGAGCAGCACAUUUUGUGCGAGACUUCGUUAUUACACAGCUACAAGGUAAAGAUGUGAAUGAAUACUGGCAUAUCGAAGACCCAUGGUCCAUGCUUUGUGAUAUCCUGGCCAAGGAUGGUGCUACUCCAGAGCCAAGGUUGAUUGGUGAGGCCGGGAAGGGUACCCUUUUGGCCUGCUAUAGGGUGGGGCUUUAUGUAGACAAGAAAAUUAUUUCGUCUGGUUUUGGCGAAACUGUACCAACAGCAAAGGAGAUGGCAGCUAGGGAUGCCUUGAAGAAGAUCUUUGGCACCGAGGAUCACAUGAAACCCAUCAACUUUCAGCUAAACGGCAUGCCUAAGCCGCAGUCUCAGACACGUUACCAAAUAUCGGCUAGUUAAAAUAGUUUUAGGAUAGUGUAGAAUAAGUUAAUUAAAAUAGUGCAAUUUUUAA